UGCUGGUCGGGCUUUAGGCAUGGCAGCCAAUCAGGGCCCGGGGGCGCGGAGGGGGCCGGGAGGCAAGGCACUCCGGCUCCUGGGGAUCCCCCGAGGCCGCUCAUCCCAGCCCCACCCCCUCCGUGGUCCCGGCCCAGCCCACCCCAGCUCAGUCUGUCAGCCGGCAUAGGCUAAUCCUAGCUGAUCACUGCUUGCAGGGAAGGCGGACCUUGAGUCGGACCUGUCGCCCCCACCGUCCGGGCCUGGGUGUUCCCCCCGCCCACGCCUCCCGCCGGUCGCUACCACCCUUAGCUUCUCUGGCUGAGCUCGGCGCCCCGGAGAGGAUUAAAACCCAGGGAGGCAGGGGUCUCCUGUUACGGAUUUGGCUGAGCCCGUGGUCACCACGGAGGUGGAAACUACAGCCUUGGACAUUCCUAACACCAGAAGUUAGUGGGCAGGUUGACUGAGCGCUGACGGUCUCCGGCAUCAGCAUGAACUCCAGGGGCCCAGCUACUCCGAGCUGGUUCAGCAGCCACCUGCCCACCACUGAGACUGACUUGGAGCCUGCCACUGAAGGGUCUACCACAGAGACCACCUCCCUCAGCCCAGAAACCACAAGCUUCAAUGACACCAGAAUCACUGAUAUGUCAGGUGGUGCAGCUGGCGUGGGUACCAUGCUUCUGUCUUUUGGGAUCAUCACAGUGAUUGGCCUGGCUGUGGCCAUGGUUUUAUACAUCAGGAAGAAGAAGAGGCUGGAGAAGCUACGUCACCAGCUCAUGCCUAUGUACAACUUUGACCCCACGGAGGAGCAAGACGAACUGGAGCAGGAGCUACUGGAACAUGGGCGAGAUGCUGCCUCCAUGCAGGCUGCUGCCUCCAUGCAGGCCACACAGGGCAAGAGCACCCUCCCUUCCCAGGGCCCACUGCAGAGGCCUAGCAGGCUGGUGUUUACUGACGUAGCCAAUGCCAUCCAUGCGUGAGAGGCCUGAAAACAGGCCUGGACCUCUGACAAAGACACCUGCCACAGUGCUGGCAGUGCUGCCCACUUCCUGACUGUCAAGACCUAUUCUCAGGACCUGAGUCAUCACCACCACCAAGACAGGAAAAGGCUGCAACAGACCCCAGCUGUGCUGAGGCCCCACCCACUGACUCUCAAGCUUGAACAGAGAGUGCUGACCAGGCUAGCCAUUUGGCCACUGACUUUGCCUGAACCAACGGCCCUGGCAUGGAAGGUGAAGAGCCAUUGCUGGUUUCCUGAUUGCCUCCUAACCUUUAUGAAUCAAGGUCUGCUUCUCUGACGGGGAGGAAGAGCACAACUUGAAGGGGAAGGGAGAGGAGAGGCAGCUCUCCUCCAUCUAGGAUUGCCCUUUUAUUUUUUCGGCCUGGAGCCUCCUCUAGGGUAGAGAAUGACAGGGACAGGGCAACACUUUUUUUUUUUUUUUUGCAAGGGAUUGUUUGUUUGUUGAGACAGGGUCUUGGCUAGCCAGGAACUUACUCAGUAAAUCAUACUGGCCUCCAACUCAUAGAGAUCCACCUGCCUCUACCUCCUGAGUGCUGAGAUUAGGGCAUGCCACCAUAUCCAGCUAGGGCAGCACCAUUUAUAGGCCCAAGAGGCCCAGGAACAGAGCUGGAAAUGCCCAGUAAAUGCCAAGGGCUACACAAACUCAGGAGCUAUCCAUAUUUAAGAUAUUGUGGUGAGUGGGUUAGCAUGAGUUCUCCCAGAGGUCUCUGCCAUACCCCUAGCAGCCAAGGCAGCUGCUGAGGGAGAGGAAAUUGGGAGACCGGGUAUGGGAAGAUGCAAUUACCCCAGAUGUGGAGAAAGGCUUCAUGCAUGUGUAUUAGUGGGCCACAUACAGAUAUGUAGCUCUUCCAGCAGAAGAGCAUGACAGAGGCUCUCCACAUUGGCCCCACCUUGCAAGCUGACUCCCACCCCAUGGUGUGUAGUGAAAGACUGCCGUAGGCCACAUCCUCUCCUUCAGCGCUCAGGGCUACACAGCAGAGGGAAACAAGGCUGGGUUCCUCCGUCCACUGUGUUUCCUCCGUGGGCUCCAAAAGCUGGCCUGACCUGUUUCUGGAAAUGGCUCCCUUCCUAUAUGGGGUUCUGGGAGAGGGUGUUGGUCUGUCUAAGGGCAGUCACAGGCCAGAAGCUGGUAAGCAAAGUUACGGUUGUCUGAGAAAUGAGUCUGGUUUUAGUUUUUCCCUUCCACCCCUAUCUGCAGGAAGGGCCACUCAGUGUUCAUGGGAUGCGGAAGAGAGUCUCUGCCAUUGGCCCUUCCUUCCUCUAAGGUGCAAAGAUGAUAUCAGGGGCAUCCGGGCAGAGCAGACCACGGGGCAGUUUUUCUACAGAGACACACGCCUGAGCGCGCACAGAGGCGUGUCCCCAGUGUCUCUGUACUCGCUGUCCUCUGCUGGUUAGAGGGGAUUCGGGGGUGGCACAUCUACUCUUGGGCAGAUCCCACGUGUCAGGAGGUGAGGGGCUAGGAGGAUCCCACGGGGACAGCUCUGGUUUUAUUCCUGCCUCUAGAUGCUAUAAAUACGUUAGCACUUGAGCAACUGGAAGGCUGUGAGUAAUUUAGGAUGCACAAAGCUGUAAUUUAACUCACAGCAUCUCGGUGUGUGAGAGCAUUAAAGAUGUAAUUAAGAUGUUUACACAAAGAGAAUGGAGUCUGCGACACUUGGGGUGCAAACCCCGGGAAGGGACACAAUGGGUGAGAUGAGGAUCUGUGGGAAGCCUGGGGACAGUCACUUGGAUCCCAGCUAUGAUAUGGCAGGCAGCCCAGCUGGUUUUCUGUGAUCUACCCAUGGAAAUGCUUUGGUGUGGGCCUCAUGCCUUGACCUAGCCAUGGAGUGACAAUGCCUGUAGAACUGUAGAACCU